AUGUCUAAAAUAUUUUAUAUUUUGAAGAGUUUGCAUAGUAUACAUACCUACCUGUUAACUUAUUAUUAUAGAAAAAAAUACAUCUAGGACGUAUACCAAAUAGGUAUGUGAUUUUUAUUUAUUAGAUUUAUCGAAUUCGUUACUAAAUAUAUUCAUUUAUUGUUUCCAUUAUUAAGUUGUGUUUUGUUACUUUGGUAUAUGUAGCAUGAAUUUUUUUCCUUUUUUAUUAUGUUUGUAUUUUUAUAAAAAAAUGUUUAUAUUAUAUUAGCACUAUCAUUAUUGGCAUAUUAUAUAACCGGACUCGACAAGAAGAAUAAUAUGAGUUCUAAUAUCUACUACGAUGAUCAUAGAUCAGCGAUACUUAACCUGCGGCCCGCGGGCCGCAUGCGGCCCUCCAACGAUUUAUAUGUGGCCCGAACAGAACUCGUUGAAUUGAUAAAAAAAUAUAAGUUUCAAAACUAAUAUUAUUAUAAAUAUAAAAUAUAACAAUAGAUAAGGAUGAUCACAAUGUUCUAUUUUUGUUAGAUAUUGUACUGAACAUAAUUCUAUUAAUGAAGACUUUUUGAAAUUCAUUCCAAUGAAAAAUCAAACUAGAGGCGUCGAUUAUCUUGAUGUGAUAACUAAUUUUCUUGACGACAAUGAUAUUGAUAUUGAAAAAUUGGUUUGUGUGUGCACCGAUAGUAACGAGUAUAACACAAUUAGCUGCAUUGAUUGUAUCUGAAUAUUCAAAAGUGUUUGAUGAAUUUAUUGAAUUAAAAAAUGAUACAAAUCUCGAAGCUAUUUUCAAAGAGAAGAGAGAACAAAAAGAAUACAUAGAAUUUUGGAAUUUAGUCCCAGGAAAAUACAAAACCCUACAAAAAUGUGCCCACUUUUUGAUGACAAUGUUCACAUCAACAUAUCUAUGUGAAACUUCAUAUUCAAAAAUGAAAUAUGCAAAGAAUGUGUACAGAAAUCGGCUUACUGAUUCACAUCUUGACGACUUGUUAAGAGUAGCAUGCAGCAACUACAAACCAGAUAUGUCCAAAAUAGUGAAAAAACUAUCUCAAUUUCAAAAUUCACACUAAUUAAAUAUAAAUAUUUAAUUAGUGUGAAUUUUAUUAAGUUUAUCAAGAAUAAAUAUUUAAUUACAUUUUUUUUAUA